UGACUCGUGUUGUUCCUGCUGAUGCUGCAGUAAUAAUGUCACAACUCUGUCGGCUCUCCUCUGUGUGGGGUACAGAGGUGGCCCAGGAGCGCAUCGUGGGAGGAUACGCACCGGUUCCACAUUCAAUCAAGUACAUUGUGUCGAUACAGACGACACAGCGUCAGCACUUCUGCGGGGGCUCCCUGAUAAAUAAGUACUGGGUGCUCACGGCAGCUCACUGUAACGUCGGGGUUGACAGAAUGAUGAUUGUGGCAGGAGACUAUUCUCUGGCCAUCUAUGAGGGAACAGAGCAACAAAUCAUUCCCCAACUUUUGGUUCCCCACCCUGACUACAACAGCACCACCAACAACAACGACAUCAUGCUUAUAAAGCUGAAGGCGCCGGUCUAUCUGAACAGCUACGUGUCCAUCGCUCUGCUGCCCCGGCACGACGCCUCCAUAGCGGAGGGGAGAGUGUGCCGAGUGUCAGGCUGGGGAUACACCAGCCCUGACGGAGGCCAGAUCCCCUCCACCCUCCGCACUGUCAAGCUCCCCAUCGUCUCCACUGAAAAAUGCAACAGCAGUGAGUCCUUCGAUGGCAGGAUCACAGAAAACAUGCUCUGUGCUGGUUACAGCACCGGUGGAAAGGACGCCUGUCAGGGAGAUUCUGGUGGUCCACUUGUAUGCGAGGGCCGGGUCUACGGCGUGGUGUCCUGGGGGAAAGGAUGUGCUGAUGCCCAGUUUCCCGGAGUCUACACCACCGUGUCCAAGCACCGCAGGUGGAUCGACAACACCAUAUUUAACUACUACAGCAAGUGCAAGAAGGAUUAAAACUGAG